CUACUAUCGAAGUUCUAAAGGAAAGUAGAGAUUUUAUUUUUCUUGGCGCCAUAGCAGUAGUCCUACGUGGAACCCAACCACAUCUAAGAUGUCUGCGGAUUCCGAUAUGGAGGCCAAGGUGGCCAACCCACAGGCCGACUCGCAACAUGUCGAGUCUACUAAAGCUGUUCAAAGCGAGAGGCCUGUCUGGGAGGAGAGAGAAACGUAUGGCAAAGCAGGAUUCCUCGGCAUCUUUACCAACAAAUAUGUCACCCUGUGUGCAGCCUUUGCCACCAUUGGUGGCGCCUUAUUCGGUUACGAUCAAGGUGUCAUCUCUCUUACGCUUGUUAUGGACCAAUUUAUCGAGAAGUUUCCCGAAGUCAGCGCCGACGCUGCCGGUGGUGGUUUCAAGAAGGGCCUUCUCACUGCGAUGAUUGAGCUUGGUGCCUUUCUAGGCGCUAUGAACCAAGGUUGGAUUGCUGAUAAGUUAUCGCGUAAAUGGUCUAUCUUGGUGGCAGUUGUCAUCUUUAUCAUCGGUUCCACCAUCCAAACGGCUUCAAUGAACUAUAGCAUGCUCGUCGGUGGCCGCUUCGUGGGCGGAAUCGGCAUUGGUAUGUUGGCUAUGGUCGCGCCGCUCUACAUUUCUGAGAUCGCGCCUCCCGAGAUUCGUGGCACGUUGCUUGUGCUUCAGGAGCUUUCCAUUGUCACAGCUAUUGUUGCUGCUUUCUACACGACCUAUGGAACUAGAUACAUCCCCAGCGAGUGGUCUUGGCGACUUCCGUUCCUGAUCCAGAUGAUCCCCGCCUUCUUCCUGGGUGCCGGUGUCCCAUUUCUCCCUUACUCUCCCCGAUGGCUCGCAUCGAAGGGCCGUAACGAGGAGUCUCUCCAAGUACUCUGCAAGCUUCGAGGAGUCCCAGCCACCGAUGAACGUGUUCUACGAGAAUGGUUCGAAAUCCGAUCCGAGGUCCUGUAUUGCAAAGAGCGUAGCCAGGAAACCCACCCCAAAUUACACGAUGGUAGCCUGCUAAACCGCUUCAAACUACACAUCGUCGACUACACCGACUGCUUCCGCCCGGGUGCCUGGAAGAGGACCCACGUCGGCAUUGGGCUUAUGUUCUUCCAACAAUUCGGCGGUGUAAAUGCACUCAUCUACUAUUCCCCAACCCUUUUCGGCACGAUGGGACUCGACACCCAAAUGCAAAUCGAUAUGUCCGGUGUUCUCAACAUUUGCCAAAUGAUUGCUUGCUUCUGGUCGCUUUGGGGUAUGGAUAGGUUCGGUCGACGAGCACUGCUGUUAGGUGGCGCAACCUGUAUGGUCAUCGCCCAUCUCAUCAUCGCUGUAUUGGUCGGCAAGUACCAGACGAGUUGGGCAACUCACAAGACUGAGGGCUGGGUCUCAGUGGCCAUGCUUCUUUUCUUCAUGUUGACAUACGGUGCUACAUGGGGUCCUAUCCCUUGGGCUAUGCCUGCUGAGAUCUUCCCUUCGUCUUUGCGAUCAAAGGGAGUGGCCUUCUCUACGAUGUCGAACUGGCUCAACAACUUCGUUAUUGGUCUCAUCACACCUCCUUUGGUACAGAAUACCGGCUUCGGAACUUACAUCUUCUUCUGCGUCUUCUGCCUGCUCGCCUUUGUCUGGGUUUACUUCGUGGUCCCCGAAACAAAUGGUCGCACUCUCGAACAGAUGGAUCACGUCUUCCACGACAACACUGGUUCAGUGGAAGCGGCCCGCCGUGCUCGUAUCGAGACAGAGCUUGCAAGCUCGGUUUGGGUUGAUGGUAUCCCCGGAAACGGUAUGGCCAACUCAACGGGUCACGUAUAGUCACGAUGGGGAGCGAGUGUAUGAACGGAUGGGAGGGGCUGGCCUUGUUUCCGUCCAAGGUAUCUUAACUAGCGCGAUUCAAUAGCUAGUGAUUAGAAGGUAGAAAUACUACUUGUAGAUUAGACACACUAUAUCAAACGUCUCAAUAAAUAGAAGGUACAUGGUUUUAAA